AUGGUUUUCAUUUUUUUGCUUUUUUCCUUGAUAGUACGAAGUUCGUUUGCCGCAUUGGACACUGCAGCAGUUAUUUCUAUUCAGAAUGAACUGAACAAGCAUUCAGCUGAGCUAGAGAUGCUUCUUGAUCAUGUCAAAAACUUGAACGCUAGAUUGACUAAUUUGGAUAGACCUGGUCCACCUGGAGUAAAUGGUUCUCCAGGUUUCCCUGGAUCUAAAGGAGAGAAGGGAGACGGAGGACUUGAUGGCUUACCAGGCAGAGAGGGUAUUCCAGGUAUUCCCGGUGUUAAAGGUGAUAUUGGUCCUUUGGGCCCCACUGGUAUGAAAGGAGAUAAAGGAGCAAUGGGAUUCCCAGGACAAAAGGGAGAAGUUGGUACAGGUGGAAUUCCAGGAUUGAAAGGAGACACUGGUAUUCCGGGAAAGGUAGGCGAACCCGGUUCAACUGGCUUGCCAGGAGCGAAAGGAGAGAAAGGAAUGGAGGGUCUACCAGGUGUUAAUGGUCAACCUGGUCCUCCAGGAUGGCCAGGAUCCAAGGGUGAAGACGGUUUAAAUGGGAGACCUGGAUCACCCGGUUUCCCGGGUAAGAAAGGAGAAACAGGAGUUUCUGGAGUUCCGGGUACAGUUGGUAUGAUUGGAGAAAGAGGUCUUCCUGGAACUCCAGGACCUCAAGGUAUGAUGGGACCUAUCGGACCUCCAGGACAGUUAGGACUACCAGGACCUAAAGGAGAACAGGGACCGCCUGGAUUCCCAGGAGGAAAGGGAGAACAAGGAAAGGAUGGACUCCCUGGUCUACCAGGCUGGCUUGUAAACGAUAAAGGUUAUUGCAUUCUAUCACUUGGAAACUGCCCUCCCGCUUUCACACAAAUCGGAGCGUAUCAGGCUCACGUUGAUAACUAUCGGUUUGGUGACUAUUCUCUCGUCAAGACUGCAGGGGUAGGAUCAACAGAAGAACAGUUCGCCUUGAAAGUUCAUUCUUGUUGUCGUUAA